AUGGAUUCGACGAUUGCGCAACCAUUAAAGCUUCAAUGCGGCCUUGCACUCAAAAACCGCUUGGUCAAGGCUGCUAUGGCUGAGGGCAUGGCGGAUAAUAACGGUCUUCCGACCAUCAGCCACAACAAUGUCUACAGGGAAUGGGGGAAUGGUGGUUGGGGCAUGAUUAUCACUGGCAACGUCCAGGUUGAUAGUGUGUAUCUGGGAGAUGCACGCGAUGUCACGGUUGACCCUACCAAAGAAACCGAGCUUCUAUAG